UCUCUCCUUCUCACAGUCACAGCUGAGAGAGAGGGCAGAAUGAUUUAAUGAAGGAAGAGGGGGAUUAUAUGAUAUAUGGAGGUCAACAUCUGCCUCAGAAGGAUCCAAACACCAGGAGAAAAUACAAAUCACAGCUCUGCUCAUUCUUUGGUGCUUCAGUUCCUGCUAUUUGUGUUCUGUUAGAUUCUCGUCUGCAGGGGGCGUGCUGGUGGAGCUGUCUGCUUUUGAAUGGGGGUGUGCUCUGUUCCCAUCAGCACUGGUAAGCAGCAGCUGAGCGCUUCCCAUCAUUUCGCUGUAAAACCUGCCGGAGAAAAACUCGCUUAGCUGCAGCUGAUACCCGAGCAAUCAUGUUCUGCAGACGGGCAUGGCAGAGAGUCGGGCCGCUGGCACGGAGGUCUUUCAAGCCGACACCCAGAUACGCUCCAGUGCGACACAUGGCCUUCGGUGUUCCUGGAGGCUCCACCAACAUGACGUACUUUGUUUUAUGUGGCGGCGGCCUCACUGCUGCAGUUGUUUAUGCAUACAAGACGGUCAACGAUGAUACCGAGCGUUACGAGGAAAGACUCGCCAACAUGGGCUCCACGGCGAAGGCUUCUUCAGCAAAGGCAGCACCAGAGGCAGCUCCACCUGCAGUUGAGCCUGCACCGGUGGAGGAGGAAGCCCCUGCUGCUGAGGUCAUCGCUGAGUCGACCCCGGCUACUGCUGCUGCAGAACCUGUAGGAGAGACAGCUGCUGAACCUGUUGUGGAAGCUGCGUCUGAAGAAGCAGAAGCCGCCGCCGCCGUCUCUGAGGCGGUCGUUCCAGAGGCAGCAGCUGAGACGGCAGCUGAGUCAGCAGAGACGGAGGACGCCGCUCCACCUGUGGAGGCCCCAGCAGAGGAACCUGUGGCAGAAAACGCUGAGUCCGCACCAGAGCUGCUCACAGAUGUUAAGCUCUUGACCGGCUCAACAGCUGAAAUUGCCGCAGCUUCUGUUGGUGAGAAGGAUCCGAUGGAGACUGUCCAACAAACUGAAGGUGAAGGAAAGGGACACGAGGUGCUUGAAACAGAAGCUUUGGAAGAAGCCUCAGAGGCAGUGGCCAAGGAAGCAUCUGAAGAGGGAGCAGUUGUAGAAGGUGAGGAGGAGGUGAAGUCUGGAGAGGGUGAGAAAAGUGCAGAAGAUGCUCAGACUCCAGCUGCUGAAGAAGUGAUAACGGAGGUGACAUCUGCUCUGGCUGCAGCUGUGGACGAGGAGGCAGCGGCUGGAUCUCAUCCUGAAGAAACAACAUCUCCAAUGACCACUGUGGACGAGGCAGAGGCUGAAGUUCGACCUGCUCCUGAGGAGGCCAUCGCUGCUGAAGAUGUUGCUCCUGCUGAGGAGGCCACAGUCACCAGUGAAGCUGCCCCACUGGAUGAGAUUUCACCAGCUGACCAGGCAGCAGCUGAAACACCUGCAGAGGAGACAGCUGAAGCUGCUGUCAGCACGACUCAGCUGGCAGCAGCCUCCGCUGGAGCGGACCUAAAGGUUCUUUCAGUUGUAGAAGCAGAGCCUACAUCAGGAGCUCCUGUGCAUGAGGAGAAACCCUGCCACUCCUGCCACUCUGCUCCCUCAGCAGGAGAGGAGGUGGCGCCACCUGCUGCUGUAGGAGAGGAGUUGAUCACUGAUGGUGCUGUGGAUACUUCACAAGAAGCCAAGGAUGCAGCCUCAGCACAAACCAUGGAGGCGACGGUGGUGGUGAUAGCCCAGUCGUGACGGGACAGACAGUGUGCCUUCCACAACACUCGCCUAUCUGUCAACUAAGCCAGAGCGACCGGCAGAAAACAAAAAACAUGAAUAGAGGUAGUCGCAGGUGUAACCGACUCAAACGUCCUUUCUGAAAUGUUAUCAGAGUUGUCUUCUGUAUUAGUGCUUGUGAGGUGAUUCCUAUCAUGUCCUCUAGGUGCCACUGUUGCAAAACCUUUCAUGAUCAGCUGAGGCUUCUUUAAAUCUUUCAGUAGGAAGUGGGUUACUGUAAUACUGUGGUGUAUUUUAGCACGGUGAUAGACCACUUUUAUAGACAAUAAGUUUGCCAAUGUGGACAAGAAUUUUUAAUGGGAGUGUCACCUCAGUGUGAUUUACCUGCUCAUAUCAGCUCACAUACAUAUGAUAACUUUAUUUCAGAACCAGAGUUACAAAGUUCUUCAAAAUAUUUACAAAAACCAAUCUUAAAACAGAAGAAAGUUUAUAAAAUGAGAACUGCACAAAUAGAUUUAUAAAGGCGAGGAAAAGCAUCAGAUUCAAUAACAGAUAACAAAAUUCAAAAGAGCAAAUACACAGAGAACUAAAGAGGAAAACUACAGACAAUGAAGUGUAGAGUAGGGGCACCUUCAGAAUUUUUUUCCAUAGGGGUGGCCAUGUGGGGGCCACUAAAAAUAUUGGGAAUUUCCAGUUUUAUUAUGCUGUUGUCAAAUAUUGGUUACUUAAAAAAAUGAGAAGAGAAGAGAAGAAAAGGGCAGGACUAUUUAUACACCUGGGGCUAACCAGUUUUGUGUUACUCUAACGAAAUGGUACUAAAACAGGAGAAUGAGACACAGGUGAAAGUAAUCAGGAUAUUCAGACAGAUGAGUAAAACCCAAAACAAACUAACAAAAUAAAAUAAAAAACAAUCCACAAGACAGGAAGAAACACUGAGCAUGUGAGAAAUCCAUCUAUCGAUCCAUUCAAGUAUGAGUUAUUGUGCUUGUUGUUACAGGCUGUUCAGUUCUUUUGCAACACAGUGAGAGCUUGGUCCAUAUUGCCAAUAAUACGGUAUGUUUUGUUUUGGGUUUUUUUGCCUGUCCCAUUUGGUUCUUUAGCCGUCAGAAUUGUUGUCUGAAGACCAACAA